UCAUUUUAGACCUACGAGAGACAGUGAAGAUGAUGAAGACGAUGAGAGGAAGGGAAAAGGUUGCACCCUACAGUACCAGUAUGCCUUGGUGCGAGUCCUCACUCAUUUUGUCGCAGAACCCUCUGACCCAGGAGGAGAGAUGGUCUACAUGUUAGGAGCAGACUGGCAGGCAGAUAUCACUCAUUUGGUGUUGGAUCAACUUAAGGUGGAAGAUCCUCGUAUUGCACGACUGAUAGACGGUCGAAUCUUGAUCGGACGUGACCUAGGGAUCACAACUAUACAGGUUCUGUCCCCGCUGUCUGAUUCUAUCCUAGCAGAGAAGACUGUGACAGUGUUGGAUGACAAGGUCACCAUCGCAGAUAUGGGAGUGCAGCUGGUUGCUUCUCUGUCCCUCAGUAUGACACCCAGUCCUGGAAACAAUCAGGCUAUACAGCUAACCACUACAGCUACAGACCUGCUACACACACCGAAACAGGAGGCCGCUAUCAGUGCAUGGAUACAGUACAGUGAUGGUUCAGUGACUCCACUUGAUGUGUACGAUCCCAAGGACUUUCUACUCUCAGCUGUGUCAUUGGAUGAAAAUGUUAUCUCCAUCAACAACCAG